GUAGGAUUUAUCAAGCUAAUUACUGAUUCCACGCUUUCCCACGGUUCUCUUUGUCAGACACUCUCAACAACCUCGGAAGUUGUAAUCCUUGCCGCGGGGACCAAACACUUGGGUUUCUUGUUCUACCUACCUUAACUUUCACUCUAGUGCAACAUCCAAACCUUAUACGUUACCUACGUAGAUACUUCCUUUACAAUCUAAUCUUAAUUGUUACCUCUUGUCUUUGUCUAUUGCUUCUCGGAACUUCCGGUCUUCGAAAUGGUGGUUAAGUCCUUCCACGCGCCCCUGUCGAUACCAAAUAUUGACUUAUGGCAACUUAUAUUCGAGAGGAAGGAUAGACCCUUUGCAGAUGAUAAAGAAAUAUACAUCGACCCCGACACGAAACGCACAUAUACCUGGGCUCAAGUGAAAAAUACGGCACUCGAGUUUGGCAAGGGGUUGAAAUCACAAUGGGGUUUUAAGAAGGGCGAUUCUCUUGGCUUCUUCUCUCCUAACAGCAUCGACUAUGCGCCGGUAUUCUUCGGUGUACUCUGGGCUGGCGGCUCAUGCUCGACCGCUAACCCAAACUACACAACCAAGGAGUUAGCAUUUCAGAUGAAGGACUCUAAGGUAGCGGGGAUAGUUACGCAAGUACCUAUGUUACCUGCGGUACUUGAAGCUGCGAAGAUCAUCGGCCUACCAGAGGACCGUAUUAUUCUGCUCGGAGAUGAGAGAGACUCUACUGGCAAAUUCAAGCACUUUACCGAGAUUCGCUACUCGAGUAUCUUGGGAAUACCCACGCUCCGCCCAAGACUCGACCCCAAGAAGGACGUUUCCUUCCUCGUAUACAGCUCCGGAACCACCGGCCUACCUAAGGGUGUCAUGUUAACGCAUUCCAACAUUGUUUCCAACCUCAUCCAGAUUGAACAUGUCGAAAGACUUAAUGGGCUUUAUCAUUCGGGCGGGCCGGACGGAAAGGGUGACAGGCAAAUAGCAGUACUCCCAUUUUUCCACAUAUACGGACUCACCUGCAUCGCCCUCCAAGGAAUAUAUAUGGGAAUCCAAGCCGUCGUGCUCCCCAAGUUCGACCUCGACAAGUUCUGCGGGGCGAUUCAGGAAUUCGGUGUAACAUACGCCUCGGUCCCACCACCCGUGGUCCUUGCGCUGGCCAAACAUCCCGCCGUCGCGAAGUACGAUCUAUCCUCUAUAAAAUGGAUGAAUUCGGGCGCUGCGCCUCUGGGACGCGAUCUCGUCGAGAUGGUAUGGAAGCGCCUGACCAUUCCUGUGAUGCAGGGAUACGGGCUCUCGGAAACGGCGCCCGUCCUCACCAAGGCAAACAUUGCUGACUGGGCCCGGCAUAAUGGAUCUUGCGGUAAACUCCUCCCCAACAUCGAGGCUAAAAUCGUCGACAUCGAGACGGGCCAAGAGCGUGGACCAGGCGAGGGCGAGGGAGAGCUUUGGUUCCGCGGACCCAACGUGUUCCCCGGUUACCUCAACCGCCCCGAGUUGCAGUCGAACACCUUCAGCGAGGACGGCUUCUUCAAGACGGGCGAUAUUGGAUACGCUGAUGUCAAGGGUAAUUUCUACAUCACAGAUCGGUUGAAGGAGUUGAUCAAGUAUAAGGGUUUCCAAGUCGCACCCGCCGAGCUAGAGGGCAUCCUUUUAGGCCACAGCGAAAUCGCGGACGCCUGCGUAGUCCCCGCACACGACCACGAGCGUGAAACCGAGGUUCCGCGGGCGUACCUAGUACUACGCCCUGGCAUCACGCGUUCCGACGACAAAGCCGUCGAGAUCAUAGCCUGGGUCGAGGGCAAAGUGGCCCAACACAAGCGCCUGCGAGGCGGCGUACGGUUCGUCGACGAAGUACCCAAGAACGCCAGCGGCAAGCUACUGCGUCGGAUCUUGAAAGAGGAAGCUAGGAAAGAGGACGAGCGUGCCAAGGGACCUAAGUUAUGAUUAUAAUAUAUAAGGAAGAUUGGUUAGGAUGAGACGGCAUAAAGAUCGAGCUUGGUAAUAGCUUUCUGUCUAUCUUCUAGAAUCCCCAAGUGUAUAUAGAGUUUGUACAUACAGAUAUAAUUGUACAGCCGAGAGU